GGAGAGAUGCGCACACAUUCAGCGGCUCGGCUCGCUCGUCCCGGCGCCCGCACACACGGAGAGAGGGAGAGUCUCGGCUCUCCGCAAGUCGUGCAGUCAAGCUCUGCCCUGGAGAAGGAUGGCAGCGUUACUUUGCAACUGAAGGAGAGAUGGAGGGAAAGUAUAAUGAGGGACAAACCACAACACCUUAUUUUUGGCGUUAAUCAGCUGCAGUGUGUGUUAAGAGGAGUUCACGCGGACAGGAUAUCCAGAAUGGCUGUCAGGAUUAAACUCUGCACUUGGUAGAACAACCCAGAAGUGCACGACCGUUUGCACAGCAUCUCACAGCCUGGAAAAUUCCAGAAUGUAAAUGUAUUUUGCUUGUUUUUUUUUCACUCCAUCAAACCUUCCGCUUUGGGCCAUGAACCCUAGAGGAUCUACCGGGACCGCUAUUUCCUUAGUUUGGAUAUAGAUUCCUCUUUUGCUUUGACUAUUGCACAGGCCUGGAGCGGUGGCAAGUUGUGGCGGCGGCGGUGGUGGGAGGACCUUACCACCUUGGAACACGGGGAUAACUUUUACAAAAGCACGCGCCACCAUGAGGAUAUCCACCGCCUCCUGUCUCUGUCCCUUUCUGGUCUGCCUCUGUUUCAUCCAGAGGUGCUACGGGGCGAGCCACCACGUCCCCGCCAAAGUGCUCUCCAGGAAUCAGACCAAACUGGCCAACGGGGAGACGGAGGUGCACCACAGGCCCAAGCGUGGCUGGAUCUGGAACCAGUUCUUUGUUUUAGAAGAACACUUGGGACCAGAUGCACAGUAUGUGGGAAAGCUUCACUCAAACUCAGAUAAAGGCGAUGGAUCCGUCAGGUACAUUCUGAGCGGGGAAGGAGCUGGGACUAUAUUUAUCAUCGAUGAAGUGACAGGAGAUAUUCAUGCCACUAAGAGUCUGGAUCGCGAAAGGAAAACACAUUAUGUCCUGCAUGCACAAGCCUUGGACCGCUACACAGAGGAGGCGCUGGAACCAAAGUCGGAAUUCAUCAUCAAAGUACAAGACAUCAAUGACAAUGCUCCCAAAUUUCCAGAUGGACCCUUUGUAGCUACGGUGCCUGAGAUGUCUGAAGUGGGCACUUCUGUGUUGCAAGUCACAGCGUCUGAUGCUGACGAUCCCACCUAUGGAAACAGUGCCAGAAUAGUCUACAGUAUUCUACAAGGACAGCCAUAUUUCUCCGUCGACCCCAAAACAGGAAUCAUCAGGACUGCCUUAUCUGACAUGGACCGGGAAGCCAGAGAACAUUACACCGUUGUUAUCCAAGCCAAAGACAUGGCAGGCCAGGUUGGAGGCCUCUCCGGCUCCACCACCAUCAACAUCACUCUGACAGACGUCAACGACAACCCCCCCAUGUUUCCCCAAAAAAAUUACCAGCUGUACGUCCCUGAAUCAGCUCAAGUAGGGAAACCAGUGGGGAAGAUCAAAGCCAAUGAUGAGGACCUUGGCAUCAAUGCAGACAUCAAGUACAGCAUCAUUAACUCAGAGGGGGCCAACACGUUCUCCAUAUCCACAGACAGGGACACGAGAGAGGGGAUCAUCAGCCUCAAAAAGCCUCUGAACUAUGAGAGAAAGAAGACCUACACUCUCCACAUCGAGGGGAUGAAUACACACAUGGAUCCUCGUUUUUCUUAUCUUGGCUCUUUCAAAGACACCGCGACCCUCAAGAUCACCGUUGGGGAUGUGGACGAAGCGCCUGUGUUUUCUAUAGAUCAUUACAUCAUGGACGUAUAUGAGAACUCACCGAGUGGCACAGAGGUGGGCGUCGUAACAGCUCGAGAUCCUGACAGCAGGAACAGUCCUGUCAGGUACUUUUUGGACAGCAAAGAGGAAGGAGUAAGGUACUUCAAAAUCGAUGAAAUCAGUGGACUUAUACGGACAACGCAGCCUCUGGACAGGGAAGACAUGGCUUGGCACAACAUCACUGUGAUGGCCUCGGAGGUUGACAACCCCAGCCUGCUCAGCCACGUUCCUGUUACCGUCCAGGUGCUGGACGUGAACGAUAAUCCGCCAGAAAUAGCUACAGACGAGGAGGUCAUCGUAUGUGAGAGCUCUAGGCCGGGACAGGUGAUCCAGACUGUCACAGCAGUGGAUAAGGAUGACUUUGCCAAUGGACAGCGGUUUUCUUUUGCUUUGCCAAACCAGCUACCAGUUAAUCCCAACUUCACCCUGAAGGACAAUGAAGACAGCACAGCCAGCAUUAUUGGCAGGCGGCGGCGUUUCAACCACCUGACCCAGGAGCUGUAUGAGCUGCCCAUUGUGGUGUGGGACGGUGGGGAGCCGUCGUUGAGUGGCACCAGCACCUUGACCCUCCGGGUGUGCCCGUGCCAGCGCCACGGUAGGAUACGGAUGUGCCAAGGCGAGGCGUUCCUCUCCUCGGCGGGUCUCAGCACGGGGGCUCUGAUUGCCAUCCUGCUGUGCAUCGUCAUCCUGCUGGCGAUCGUGGUUCUCUUCGUCACACUGAGACGUAGCAAGAAAGAGCCCCUUAUCAUCUCCGAAGAGGACAUCCGAGAGAACGUGGUCACCUACGACGACGAGGGCGGAGGCGAGGAGGACACAGAGGCCUUUGACAUCAUCGCCCUGCGCAACCCAGCCGCCGCCGAAGAGCUCAAGUUCCGGCGGGAUGUUCGCCCAGAGGCGAGAAAACGCUGCGCCCCGCCCCACAGCCGCCUGGCCAAGGCGGUGGAGCUGGACGAGGUGGAUGUGCACGAGUUCAUCAAGCAGAGACUGGUGGAGGCCGACGUGGACUCCAGCGUGCCGCCCUACGACUCCCUCCAGACCUACGCUUAUGAGGGUCAGGGCUCACCCACGGGAUCCAUCAGCCCUUUAGACACUCCCGGCACACAAUCAGAGCAGGAUUAUAACUAUCUGGACGACUGGGGGCCUGAGUUCCAGAAACUGGCAGAACUCUAUGAAGAGGCAGAUUCAGAUGUGACGACCUAG